CUCAGAGAGACUGAGGGAAGAAGUGUUUUCCAAACACCAGGACAGUCUUUCCUGGCUUCCUGUCUCGCCCUGUGCUGCUGUUAAUACCCCUUUCCCAGGGGACUCUGGGAAAUGCAGGUGCGGGGCCUGGGUAGCAGCUGCCACCCUCCGUCCUCCUGCGGGCUGGUACCUGCUCUGAGUGUGUGUCCCGGGCUGUGCGCUCAGACGUGACCAUGUUUGGGCAUGGAGGCUAAUCCCAGAUGGGGACCAAAGGCCGCUUCCCUGGAAACAGAGAACGGCUGGCAGCCCCAGCUUCCUGCUGGAGCCCAGGCAGCCGCUUUUUGGGGCGGGGGCUGGGGGCCGGGCAGAUAGGAAGUGCCUGCCUGCUGAAGACUCCAGGGAGCCGGGAGACUCAAUGACUGCUGUCCCCAGCGGACAUGGGGAAGAAGCUGGUGAUGGCCCAGAAGCGGGGAGAGACUCGAGCCCUUUGCCUGGGCGUGGCCAUGGUGGUGUGUGCCGUCAUCGCCUACUACAUCCUCUGCACGACCAUGCUGCCCCUCUACCAGAAAAGCGUGUGGACCCAGGAAUCCACGUGCCACCUGAUUGAGACCAACAUCAGGGACCAGGAGGAGCUGGAGGGCAGGAAGGUGGCCCAGUACCCGUGCCUGUGGGUCAACGUGUCCGCCGUGGGCCGCUGGGCCGUGCUGUACCACACGGAGGACACCUGGGACCAGAACCAGCAGUGCUCCUACAUCCCAAGCAGCCUGGACAACUACCAGCUGGCCCGGGCCGACGUGGAGAAAGUCAGAGACAAUUUCCAUGAGCACCGGGUUUUCUACUGCUUCUCGACCCCGCGGGAGAAUGAGACCAGGGUCCUGUACCGGCGCCUCUACGGGCCCCAGACCCUCCUGUUCUCUCUCUUCUGGCCCCUUCCUGUGACGUGGGCCGAGGUGGGGGUUGGGCCCCCAGCAGAGGAGGCUCCCGAGAACAGGCAAGCGUCAGGGCCCUCCAUGGAGGGGAGGUACCCGCCCAGAUGGGGGUUUACCCUGCGGGGAAGCGCAAGGGCACUGGCCCCGCUGGGGAAACCCUUCUCGGUCGCAAAGGGCAACAUUGGAGGCAGCGCCACCUCCACCAUCACUCCUGCAUCAGCCUUCCCGCACGAGGGCAGUGGGCCUUGA